UCAUUUGUUUUCAAUGAAAUUCAAGCGACGGGCUGCAGUCUGAGGAAACACUGAAGCACGUGAUUUUCUGUAAUGAGGUUGUAAAGUCGAGUUGGGAACUUCCAACAGCAGUUCAGCUUGAUGAACUCUAUACAUAAAUGUAGAGUUAAACUACUCACAAUGUGCUCUCUAUCACAGACGAACGGAUGAAGAACAUCACGGAUUUACAGAUCAUGUGAAACACCAGCUUUCAUCAGAAUCUCGGAUAAAAGGGCAAAACAUUCGACCAAUGGACACUCUUUUCAUAAAUCACCUCCCUCAUGUCCAGUCCAGCACAGGAGGAGGGAUGUGCCAUAUUAGAGUCCUCACAACUACCAUCCACCCCAACGGAGCAGUCGCGGCCAUCCGCCGGAGGAUGGAGUAGCCCGGCUGCCUGGAAGCGGAGGAACGGCUGCCGACCGCAAGGGGAGGAGGGGCUCCCAACCAACCGCCUGGAGCGGUUACCCCUGCCAGGGGCGGGGGGGAGACCCCUACCGUCCACCAAACACGCGGUGGGGGUGUUCCGUCCGCCAGGGGCCGGAGGUCUGCCUCCGAUCAGUCCGGGGAGGUGCGGCUGUCUUCCAUUAGAGGGUGGAGGAGUGGCCGAGGACAAAGCUAUGGCGUAUCGGAGAACCGUGUCAGGUUGUCAGUCAACAUGAGCGCAAUAUGUAUUGGGCUUCUAAUCCUCAUGCCUCUCUACUUUACAGUGCUCCACACAAUACCUGCUCCAGUUAACUUCAAAGUAUUGUCACACAACUUUAAUCACAUCUUACAAUGGAGCCCUGGCAGAAAUUCACCUCUGCAGACUGUUUUCAAUCUUAUAUCAAGCUGCGGUUAUGGAAAGCAAUCAGAGUGGCUGAACAUCAGAAAUACAACAGUAGAAAUGUCUGGAGUGUUAGAGGAUAUCUACACAUCCUGCACUUUUGUUCUCUGGGCAUCACUGGACAACAUGACAUCAUCCAGGGUUAACCUCAGUUUUACACCAUAUGAAGAAACCAUCAUCGGUCCACCCACAAUACAUCUGUCUGGCUGUGGGGACUGUCUGAAAAUCAAUAUCUCUCUACCUAAAGGAUCCAAGAAGAAGCAUCGGCUGCUUGAGUUUUAUAAUUCUGUGUCCUUCAAUUUAAGCUGGAAGAAAGCAGGAGAGCAGAUGUCCAACCAGAUCUUUCUAUUGAGUGGCGAGUAUGAACUGCAGAAUCUUCAGGCAGGUACUCAGUACUGCGUCAGCGUACUUCCACAGAUCAACGUCAAUCGUAACACACUACCUUCUGCCUGGCAGUGUGAAUACACUAGUAAAGAAGAGCCAAGAGGAGUGGUAUAUUUAGUGAGUUGGUCUUUGGGAGCAGCAGUAUCAGGUCUAUUUGUGCUGGUUCUGGCAGUUGGUCUGGUCUACACAGGGUCCGUAUGUAAGAUCAAGUCCCCUCUUCCUAAAGCACUGAUAAAUGUAGCAAAAGCACACUAUCUGCACCCUGAACAGACAUUAACUGAGUACGUGUCACUCCCUGAUGUUCAGCUGAUGAGCAAAUCUAAAAAUAAUCCCACCAAAAACAAUCAGGCACUGAAUGUUCAGCAAGAUUCACAAGAGGAAAAAAAUGCCCACAAGACGGACACAGACGAUGAGGAUGACUAUGAUGAUGAAAACGAGGAAGCCAGUUGCACUUACAUGGGUUGCGUACUUGAUCACAGUGGUUUGAAAAUUAAUAACAGUGAAGAGAACUCUCUUCAUGUCCGUUCUGGAGUGUGUCAUACUGAAGAUCAAGCAGACCUGGACGUUGGUGUAACCAACCCCUCCCAACAACAGUGUGAGGAGGAAGUGAUAUCAGAAGUGUCUGCAGAGAGAACCAGACCUCCUGAGGUAAAACUGUCUCGGCAACAGUCAGAGGAGAGUGCAGACGCAUCCGGUGAUAGUUCAGGAAAUGUCAACUUGUUCUCAGUCACUCUGAGUGCUCUGGUACCACAGGAAGAUGAGGGGGAGCUGUGUGAACCUCUCAUACCCAAACCUCUGGAAAGUGAAGUACAACAAGACAGAAUCCCUCUGUUGACGAUACGGAUGGCAAAGGAGCUUGAAGGAACAUCUGCGUCUGUGCAGUCAGAAGGAAAAAUAGAUGUUCUGAUGUCAAUUGGAAGCCAAGGACAUCUUUCAGUAUGUUCUCCUCUCCCGGACGUACAGAAUGAGCUUGACACAGGAUCAGGGUAUAUGGUGACGCACUCGGGACACAUGCACAAUCAAAAUACUGACUCUUCAGAGGAAAGUGAUUAUUGUGACAAAGACUAUAUAACAAGAUGAAGACAUACAAUAUUUAUUUAAAGACUUGAACAUGUGUUCAUAUUCAGAAUUUUAAGUGAAUGUGUCUGUGUGAACAAGGGCUAUGGAAGUUCUGAUCCAUUGUUAAAGGGAUUGAUCACUCUUAAAAUUACAAUUCUGCCAUCAUUUUCUCACCCUCAUGUUUUUUGAAACCUGUAUGACUUUGAUGGAACCCAAAAGGAAAUCAGUAAAUGUAUGCAGUGAGUGGCAGCCUCAGUCAGCACUUUCAUUCUAUGGAGGGGGAAAAAAGCAAUUAAAGUGAUUGUGAAUGGUGACUGAGUCUAACAUAAUUUGUGGUUUGUAAGAUGAGGGUGAGUAAAUGACAACACAAUUUUAUUUCCAAAUCAACUGUCCCUUUAAGCAUUUAUAUUGCUUAUACUUGGGAUAAGAUAUAUGAUCAAACACCUAACCCCAAGUAUUAAGCUUCAUCAUGUAACUCAUCUCACACUGUGUUAUGAGUAUGAAUGAUACCUUAAAUCAUGCAGUUAAGUAAGCAAACAUCCAGAACACCAGAACCACUCAGAAGUGUUGCACAGGAAGGGAACCACUAAUAAAAUCUUGUUGUUAUUACAGUGAGAAUGUGCCCCAUUAAAAUAAACUGAUUAAAAAAAAUAUAUUAUAUAAUUCUGAUUUUAUUUUUAUAAUAAUAGUAAUAAAUAACACUUCAAGCCAUGAAUGUGAAAUGUAUGGGUAUUGGGCUUCAUUUUGUAAAUAGAAACCGUGUUUAUAGAUCCUUGUGUACAAUGUGUAUUUUUAAAAGGUACAUACUGGAAGUAAAAACAUUUAAAAGAUAGAUUGAGAUAUUUUUGCAACUGUUGCCAUUUGUUUGUCCUCUUGGUUUAUAACCUCUGAAGAAAUUGUGUAAAUUUCUCUGACAGUUUGUGGAACUCUGUAUAGUGAAAAUGACAAUAAAUCACCUUUACUACA